AUGGCACCCAAAGGCAAGAAGGGCAAGAAAGCCGGCGAUGACUGGGACGAGGGACUAGGCGAGACCGCCGACCCCAUCGCACAGGCCGAGCAGGAAGCCAAGGCUGCCGAUGCCGCCGACGACGAGGAUGCCGAAGGCGGCGGCGGCUUGAUGGCCGCGCUGAAGAAGAACAAGGAGAGGCGGAAGAAGAAGGGCAAGCAGACCGACAACGACUUCCUAGACGGCGAGGACCCGGCGCAGGAUGGCGCUGUUACGCCUGACCCAGCGGCUGACCUGGCUGCUAAGGCGCCUGAAGAGGCUACGAUGGAUGAUGAGGGUGAUACAUUCGCGCAGCCGGCGAAAGGGAAGAAGGGCAAGGGUGGGAAACAGCAGCCUGCGAAAGCUGCUGAGCCUGAACCCGCGGAUGAGGAUGGCGAGACUGGUGGCAAGGUGAAGACGAAGGCCGAGAAGGAGAAGGAGAGGAAAGAGCGUGAGAAGCAGCGGAAGAAGGAGCAGGCGGCCACCAAAAAGAAGACGACCGCGCCGGCGGCGAAGGAGGAGUCGAAGCCUGUUGAAGCGGCGGUACCGGAAGCUGCCGCGGAGCCUGCGGGUAGCAAGAAGAAGAAACUUCCUGCCGGACUUGCGGCGCUUCAGAAACAGCAGGAAGAGCUCCGUGCGCGGGAGGAGGCAGAGAAGAGGGCUGCUGAGGAGGCGAAGCAGCGCGAUGAGGAAGAGCGGAAGCGGAUAGAGGAGGAAGAGAUGCAGAAGGAGGAGGCACGAGCUGCGAAGAAGGCAAAGGAGAAGGCUCGUAUCGAGCAGCAGAAGCGCGAGGGCACGUACAAGACCGAGAAGCAGCGGAAGGAUGAGGCGCAGCAGAAGCUUCGGCUACAGCAGAUGCUUGACUCGGGCGCGCAGGUUGCGGCUAUGAAGGAGGGGGAUAGCGAUACUGGCGCCAAGAAGCCCAAAGAUGAUCGGAAGAAGAGGAAUCUCAAGAAGGAGGCUGAAGAGCGGAAGGCGCAGCAGGCUAAGGAGGAGGAAGAUGCGAGGAAGAAGAUGGAGGAGUUGAAGUUGAAAGAGGAGCAGGAGAAGCGGGCGGCUGAGGAGGCAGAGAAAGCGAAGGUGGAUGCUGAGGCGAAGAAGGGUGAGGAUGAAGAGAGUGAGGAGGAAGACUGGGAGGCACUCGCGGAGAAGGAAGAGAGCGGUGUCAAGGACAGUUGGGACGCACCGUCUGACCAGGAGGAUGGCGUCGUGAAGAGAGAGGUUAACGGCAAACCUGUGCAGGACGGUGCUGCUGGAGCUAAGGCUGAGGUCAAGAAGCCCAACGGUGCUGACGAGGAUAGCGAGUCCGACUCUGAAGAUGAUUCAUCAGAAGACGAGCGACAGACUGUUGCUGCAAGGCAAGCAGCGUUGAAGCGACAGCAAGCAGCAGACAAGCGAAAGGCCGAGCUGGAGGCAGCGCGCAAUGCUGCUUCCAAGGACGACCUGCGCUCGCCCAUCUGCUGUAUUCUCGGCCACGUAGAUACUGGCAAGACGAAGCUGCUCGACAAGAUCCGUGCAACGAACGUUCAAGAAGGCGAAGCGGGCGGUAUCACGCAACAAAUCGGUGCCACGUACUUCCCCGUCGAGGCGCUAGAGAAGAAGACUGCGGUCGUCAACAAGGACAGCUCGUUCGAGUUCAAGGUGCCUGGUCUUCUCGUCAUCGACACACCUGGCCACGAGUCCUUCACCAACCUGCGCUCUCGUGGUAGCUCGCUCUGCAAUAUCGCGAUUCUAGUCGUUGACAUCAUGCACGGUCUUGAGCCGCAGACGCUGGAGUCGAUGCGUUUGUUGAGGGACAGGAAGACUCCUUUCAUCGUUGCAUUGAACAAGAUCGAUCGUCUUUACGGCUGGAAGCCGGUCGCUAACAACGGCUUCCGGGAAAGCUUGAGCCUGCAGAACAAGGGCGUGCAGAACGAGUUCCGCGAUCGUUUGGAGAAGACGAAACUGGCGUUCAGCGAGCAGAGCUUCAACGCCGAGCUGUUCUACGAGAACAAGAGUAUGGCAAAGUACGUCUCGCUCGUACCGACGUCUGCUCAUACCGGAGAGGGUAUCCCGGAUAUGCUGAAGCUGCUUGUCACGCUCACUCAAGAGAGGAUGACGCGCCAGCUGAUGUACUUGUCCGAGGUCGAGUGUACGGUGCUGGAAGUCAAGGUCAUCGAAGGUCUCGGUACCACCAUCGACGUCGUUCUCUCGAACGGUGUCCUCCACGAAGGCGACAAGAUCGUGCUCUGUGGUACCGAAGGCCCCAUCACUACCGAUGUCCGCGCCCUGCUCACACCCGCCGAGAUGAAGGAACUGCGCGUCAAGUCCCAUUACGUCCACAACAAGACCGUCAAAGCCGCCCUCGGUGUCAAGAUUGCCGCCAACAACCUCGACAACGCCAUUGCCGGCUCCCGCCUCCUGGUCGUCAAGAACAAGGAUGAUGAAGAUGAGAUCGAAGAGCUGGAAGAGGACGUGAUGAGCGACCUCGAAAAUCUGAUGUCUAAGAUCUCGCCCUCGAAGCGUGGUGUCACCGUCCAGGCAUCCACCCUCGGCUCUCUCGAAGCUCUGCUCGAGUUCUUACGACAGAGCAAGAUCCCCGUGUCCAACAUCUCGAUCGGCCCCGUGCACAAGCGCGACAUCAUCACCGCCUCCACGAUGCUGGAGAAGGCGAAAGAGUACGCCGUCAUGCUCUGCUUCGACGUCAAAGUCGACAAGGACGCGGCGGAGAUGGCGGAGCAGAUUGGGGUGAAGAUCUUCACCGCGGACAUUAUUUAUCACUUAUUCGACGACUUCACCAAGCACAUGAAGGCGCUCAACGAGGCGAAGAAGGAGGAGAGUAAGAUGUUGGCCGUCUUCCCGUGUGUGCUGAAGCCCGUGGCGGUGUUUAAUAAGAAGGAUCCGAUUGUCGUGGGCGUGGAUGUCGUGGACGGGAAUUUGAGGCUGAAUACGCCGAUUGCGGCGGUGAAGUUUAAUAGUGUGACGGGGGUGAAGGAUGUUGUGAGCUUGGGGAGAGUGACGGGCAUCGAGCGCGACCACAAACAACUCCCCAUCUGCAAAAAGGGCCAGCCUUCGGUGGCUGUUAAGAUAGAAGGCGCGAAUCAGCCCAUGUAUGGCCGUCAGCUCGAGGAGAAGGAUAUGCUGUACUCGCACAUCUCGCGAGCGAGUAUCGACACGCUGAAGGAAUUCUAUCGGGAUGAGGUGGAUAAGGACGAGUGGGCGCUGAUUGCGAAGCACUUGAAGGGGUUGUUCGAUGUGCCGUGA